AUGGCAGGUUCCGACCUCGACCCCAAUCCCAUGUCGUCAAGGCCUAAAACUGCCCCGGCAGACGAAACACGCGGCACAUCCUCCUCGCUAUCGCCCGGCGUUUCCCCUACAUCCUCCCUGUCGCCACCUCCGACAUCCACGUCAUCUCCGAAGACGCUGCUGGCCCCAAAGGCUCCUCGCUGCGAGUAUCCGGGGUGCCCGAAGUAUGCAAAGUAUGGCCUGAGGGACGCCCCGCCCAGCAAGUGUCAGGCUCACAAAAGGGCCGGUCAAUACACCACCAAUCGCCACGGAGAGCUGCUGAUGGCAACCCGUGACGGCGACGCGUUCCGGACACCGGCGGUGGCGGUGCCAGUGCUAGCUGUGACGGUGCCCCCCUCCCCAGCCAGCAGUGAAAUUGCAGGGAUGGAAGCGGCAUCCGCCCAACCGCGGCGGCGCUCUACAGGAAGCAGCGGCUCCUUGGUACCCUCUCACCGCAAGCCCAAGGCGAAGCUUUCUUCGUCGGUACACACAUUGAAACGUAAGAACCGACCGGAGCCAUCAUCAAGCGGACAUGAAGAAAGCCCGGCACUGCAAAACCGCUCUUGCCUCUUUCCAGGGUGUGACGCUCGCCCUACCUACGGCCUGCCGGGGGCGGCGCGCGCCGUGUACUGCUUCUCCCACAAGAAGGGCUCAAUGGUCAACCUUUUCAGCCAAGCACCAGCAGUGAACAACAAUGAAGAGAAAAGGGUCACAGCCGUGGCACCUACCGAGGGCAAGAGGAAGAAGCAGAAGAAGGAGCAGAAGGAGCGGAAAAUGACCAGCAUGACCGCCGACCAAAGGGGAGCGAAAAAGGCUCGCCGCGAAUCAAGCAUCAAGGAGGACAACAAAGGCGCCACAAGCAAGGAUGGCGGCGGCUACCAAGGUGCCAAGAAGAUUCGUGACAACGAAAAGAAAGUGAAUAGAGGCGUGGGUACCUCGGAGAGGAGCGUUGGCGCCAUUGCCACCGCUGCCGCCGCAGGUACCUCUGAGAUGAGCACGAAAUCCUCAGCAGCAAAACCACCGGUGAAAUCGACCCACAUCGCAAAAGAGCCCGCCGACACUAUGGCACUGCCUCCUCAACCGACCAACCGGCCGUCGGAGGGAAUGUCUCCUUCUGUUGAGAUGCUCAUUCUGAGGCAGGCGAGGGAGGCGGCCAAAAAGGAGGCGGAGGCCAGCGGUGGGGGUCGAAGGGCACGCGCUCCCUCACGCCGCGCUCUGGAAGCCUCCGGUCGAUUGAGGGGCGACGGGGCUCAGUGGAUGACCCGGGAGAAAAGGGCCGAGCAAGCCAGGGUUAACACCGAGCUCCGGGAGAAGAGGAAGAAAUCCCGGGAGGCGGGGCUUACGGUUGGGGUUGUGCUGGAGGCGUUCGUGUGAUCGCCGGCACCGACCGGAGCAACACCGGCAGUGGAGAGUCAGGGGUGGUGACGAUGGUGGUGGAAGCGGCGGGGUUGUGGGCACACUGCCGGCAUUGCUAUGGCACCCCCUCGGCAGCAGCGGCAGUCGUAGACGGGGCGAGGAUUUCUUGCCCGUGCCGCGUGAGAUAGGCCGGGAAGAGAGCCAGACCGAUUCUCAACGGCAAGACUUGACGGAGGGAUAUGGUCGUGGUGUGUGUCGCUCACCUGAGGGCAGAUGCCUUGUCGGAUGGAGAGCUCAAGGAGCUAUUGUACGGCUGCUGUUGCUGCA